AUGCGGCGGCAGGCGACGCUCUUCCAGGCCUGGGGCGCCCGGCCGACCCCGAGGCGGGACGCGGAGGACGACGACGAGAGUGCGGCGGCGUGGGCCUCGUCGUGGCCGGGGGGGUUCGUGGGCGGCCCUGCGGGCGAGCUGUGGCUCUUCCCGGCGGGCGCGGGGCUGGAGGAGCGGCGCUACCAGGUGCGGGCGGCGCGGGCGGCGCUGGAGAGCAACACGCUGCUGUGCCUCCCCACCGGGCUGGGCAAGACGCUGGUGGCCGCCGUGGUGCUCCACAACUUCUACCGCUGGUUCCCCGCCGGCCGCGCCCUCUUCCUCGCCCCCACCAAGCCCCUCGUCGCCCAGCAGAAGGACGCCUGCGCGCGCCUCCUCGCCAUCCCGCCCCGCCACAUGGCCCAGAUCACCGGAGGUACGCAAGUUGUCGAUCGGAAAGAGAUGUGGCAGAACAAGAGGGUCUUCUUCCUCACUCCCCAAAUCUUGGUUAAUGAUCUUUCCCGUGGGAUCUGCCCUGCAGCGGAAGUCAAGUGCCUGGUUAUUGACGAGGCCCACAAAGCACUUGGAAAUCAUGCCUACUGUCAGGUUGUGAAAGAAUUAUGCAAAUAUACCCAACAGUUCCGUAUUCUGGCUCUAAGCGCCACCCCGGGAAGUGACUUGAAGGCUGUGCAGCAAGUGAUUUCCAAUCUGUUGAUCUCACACAUUGAGCUCUGUUCUGAAGAUUCCCCUGAAAUCCAACCUUAUUCCUAUGAGCGGCUGGUUGAAAAAUGUGUGGUUCCACUUGGGGAAGAAUUGUCUGAAAUGCGAGCUGCUUACAUCCGGGUCCUGGAAGCUUUUGCUGGCCGACUGAUUCGGUUCCGGGUUUUGUCCCAACGAGAUAUUUCUGCUCUCACGAAGUAUCAGAUAAUUCUAGCAAGAGAUCAGUUCAGGAAAAAUCCUGCAUCCCACUUCACGGGGCCGCAGCAAGGGAUCAUCGAAGGAGAUUUCGCUCUUUGUAUCAGCCUGUGUCAUGGCUACGAGCUGCUGCUGCAGAUGGGGAUGCGAUCAUUGCAUAUCUUCUUAUCUGGAAUUGUGGACGGAUCAAAAGGUAUGACUCGUGCCAGAAAUGAACUUCGGCGCAACGAGGAAUUCAUGACAUUAUACAGCCAGCUGGAAAGCAUGUUUGCAGAGACCUCUGAGACUUCGGCGAAUGGCAAUGUGAAAUCAGGGAAGGGAAAAAUGAAACCGUUCAUCUACAGUCACCCAAAGUUGAAGAAAUUAGAAGAGGUCGUCGUGGAACACUUCAGAUCCCGGAAGGAGCACGGAGACCAGAAGCCCGUGGACAGCAGGCCUGGCAAUACCCGAGUCAUGAUCUUCUCCUCUUUCCGAGACAGCGUGCACGAGAUCGCGGAGAUGCUGAGCAGACACCACCCCAUCGUGAGGGUGAUGGCUUUUGUGGGGCAUUCCACAGGGAAGAGCGCCAAAGGCUUCACGCAGAAGGAGCAGUUGGAGGUGGUGAAACGGUUUCGUGCAGGUGGCUACAACACGUUGGUCUCCACAUGCGUAGGAGAAGAAGGGCUAGACAUUGGAGAAGUUGAUCUCAUUGUCUGCUUUGAUGCUCAGAAAAGCCCAAUCCGUCUUGUCCAGCGAAUGGGCCGAACUGGACGCAAGCGGCAAGGCCGAAUAGUCGUCAUCCUUUCGGAAGGACGGGAAGAGCGGACUUACAACCAAAGCCAGUCGAAUAAAAGAAGCCUUUUCAAAGCCAUUUCUGAGAACAAAGUACUCCGCUUUUACCAGCACAGCCCACGGAUGAUUCCUGAAGGCGUCAACCCCAAGAUGCACCGGAUGCUGAUCACACCCCCAGCAUGUGAGCAAGACCAUUCCCCGCCCAGCCCCACAGGCGGAAGAGCCCUCUCCCUGCAGCAGAAGUGGCUUCCCGGUUACGCUGGCGCUGGCGCAAAGCAAACCGAUUCAUCUGAAAGUUGGUAUCUUACAGCAGAAGAGUUUGAAGUGUGGAAGAAAUCAUACAGAGUGAAAGCUGAGGAUGGAAUCAAACAACCAGUUAUGCCUCGAUGCAGUUUUGAAACACUAGAAGACGGCGUGGAGAAAACGGACCUGCGAGCCGAAGAGGUUCAUGAGCUGUCUCUGACAGAGUGGAGACUUUGGCAGAACCGUCCUUUCCCUACUCGCUUGGUGGAUCACUCGGAUCGCUGCCUCAACUUCAUUAGCGUGAUGAAAGUGAUAGAGCAGAUGAGAUACGAAGAGGGGGAUUCCAGCUACGAACUGAGACUCCGGCCUCAUUUUCACCGGGAAGAUGUCGAUGCCUCCGUCCUGAAGAGGAGGAAAAGCGUUCCUGAUUCCGCAGCACCUCCAAAGGCUUCGUCUUCCCGAAAAACUCUGGGGGCGGCCUCCGAAGGGGACUGCCGCUCCUCCUCCUCGCAAGACUUGGACGACGCAGAACGGCUGUCUCUUUUCAGAGUAGCCGGCAGUUCGAGCAAACGACCUCAGACGCGAGGCGUAGCGGCCGAGGGUCAUGGCGGAGAGAGCAGCAGCUGUUCGGGUCUCAUGCUGCUGUUUGAGGAAGAUGCUGGUGCUGACGUUUGGCCAGAUGAAAGCCAGGGCCCUGGCAGGGCAAGCGGCGGCAGUGAAAACGCUGCGGCGGGGGGCUCGCAGGGGGCCGCGAAAGGCUGCAGGUCAGGGGGCGGCCUCAACGCAGAGCCCGACUCUGGUCGCUUCUCGGAAGGCAACUUGCCGCUUCCGUCUUCUCCGUUUUACCUCCCCGCGCUGGAGAAGGAUCCAUUUGCACUUUCGGUUCCCUGCACUGGGGAGGACCCUCCUUGCGGGAGAGAGGUUCUGCUGAGUGCAACCUGGCUUCUGUCGCAGUCCCCUCCAUCUUGGAAUGAACUCUUCGCUUUCGAGAGCACAGGCGAAGCCCCACGACCUGACAGCGAGCAACAGUGCAUUUCCAGCGGGUGUGCGGACAGUGAUCCUCCGGAAAAACUGUCUUCUUCCUCAGAAUUCCAGAAGCCCUCUGUGACAUCCCAGAACACCUCUGGGCUCCCUGACUUCCCAAAGCCAUCUCCCUGGAGUAACUGUGUUCUCGAGGCCUCUGUUGGCAAUGAUGAUGCUGACUUGGCCUGGGAUGACGUUUUUGAUAACAGCGAUGAAGUGCAGAUUGGAGCUGAAAGGCGGGAUUCACCAGGGGCCGAGAGCUCUUUGGAAACAGACGCAGGGGGAGGAAGAGGGGCCUUCUGGGAACACCCAGGCAGAAAUGGGAGGCCCGCUGAAGAACAAGGGUCUGAAUUCUUGUUCCAAAGGCAGCCUGCUUCUGAGAGGAGCAGCCAUUUGGAGAGGGAGGGCGGGAAGUGCUCAGGGCCGCAGGGCUCAUGCAGCCAAGCCAGUACUCCGGCUGAAGACCCGGGAACUUCUCGGCCCCGGCUUCCCAGCGAGCGUGUCAGAGAAGGUCUUGGAGAGCCUGCGAGUCCACUAUCAGUGAUUCAGGACCAAGCUUUGGGAGCAGUCGAUGACGCGGGGGAAGCGGAACUGUACGACGUCUCUCAGGAUUUGUUCUCCGUGAACUUUGAUCUUGGGUUUUCUCUCCCAGAGUCCGAGGACGAGGAGUUGGAGCCAGGAGGCCUCAAGGGAGAUAACGAGAGCCACGUUGCCGGAGGUUCUUUGUCCAGCGGCCAGUCAGCAAGGAGGGACUCUCCGUUGGCCUGGAGCGCCAGCCGUUUGGAAAGGACAAAGGUUUCUACACCAGCACCCUCGCAGAACCGGAACUCCGGUCUGGCGAUGGCUGCAAAUGUCAUUCCGGGGGCGUCUCCUUUGAGGCCCACGGGAGACAAGCUGUGCAGAUCCCCAGUCUCUGUAAAGUGGGGCUUUUCUACACCCAAAAGCAGACGAACAAUGAACUCUCCAGCGUCCAGAGGAGCCAAGCUGAGCUGCUUCUUUGGAAACAGGCUGGGAAGUCCCCAAGGGGCAGCUCCAAGCAAAGCAAGAACCGGCACAGUGAGAAAACCCUCUUUAGCAAACGCAGCUGAGGGCAUCAAGGGUUUUGCUUCAGAAGGCACUGGAAACGGGGAGUGUAAAAACCAAAAGAGCCACAACCUGAUUACUGCUGAAGUGGGAGCCAGCAGUGGAAGUGAAGAGGAAGUUGUUUUUCUUGGGAAAAGGAAAAGAAACGUUUUGAUAUCGCCAAAGAAUAACAACAGCUCUGAGGCGGACUCUCCAGUUCAGGUUGUCAGAAAACGAAGACGUCCCCUCGAUGCAUCGGACCGGUCCAGCGACGAGAGCACCGGGAGUCCCAGGAAAGCAAACCAGACUGGCGCUGGCGAGAGCCGGAAUCCGGGCCGAGGGGCGAAACGGCAGAAGCAGCAAGACGGCGGUUCCCUCAAGAGCGCAGCCAAGCAGUUCCUAGAGGAAGAGGCGGAGCUUUCUGAUGAGGGAGCCGUAGAGGUUUCUUCCGACGAGAUGGUGGACUCGGAGCAGGACGAGAUGAGCUCCUCCCUCAAGCAGUUUCUGGACGACGAGACACAGAUUGUGCAAGACUUAAACGAGUCUGAGAUGCAGGCCGUUUACCUGAAAUCCGUGCGUAGCCCAGCCGUCGGCAACAGGCGGGAAAGGACGGUGCCCAAGCCGUGUGACCCGGCAGCCAUCUUCUCACAGGUCCCAGAGCCAGACGAGAGCUACUUGGUGGACAGCUUCUGUGUCCAGGAGGGAGAGGAAGAGGAGGGCCAACCCAAGGGCAGCUCCAGUGAAGGGGAGGAGAUCUGUCUCAACUUCGACCUGCUAGAGGAGGAGACUUUUGCAGAGGGGAGGAAGCAGUACUGCACCCGGCGCAGGAGAAAGCUGAAAGAAGCCAGUGCCAAAAAGCCUUGGGGUCCGCUGCCCCUGCGGAAGAAGCCCUCCCGGAUUCGGAUUUUGGACGAUUCUAGUGAAGACGAAGGUGGGGUCAGGCCGGAGCUGCUGGGGGGAUUGCCUCCCGACCCCAAACCUGGAGCUGGCUCUGGCUUAGCCCCAGCAAGGGCUCCAGUCGCUUCCCUGCACCGCGGGAUCCCCAGCCCAAAGAGUCGUAUUCACCUGCCCCGGGAGAGCAGAGCCCAGCAGGUCCUGCUGAACCUAAGAGCUUCCCUGGCAGACGAACUGGACUUCCAGCCUCAGGGCAGCAAAGAGCCAGGCAGACUGGAACGCCUCAGUCGGGGGGACCUCCGUAGUACGGCCAAGCCAGAAGUGUCUUCGGAGCUCCCGGCUGCACCCUGCUCCUCCUCCUCCUCUCCUCCCCGGCUGCCCCUGGGGGAGCCAGCUCCCCUUUGCAUCCUGGCGGACAGUCGAGAGAUCUCCUCGGGGCCGGAGGUCAUUUCCGCCCUGAAGGCCGUUCACGGCGUCAAGGUCCAGGUCUGCCCUCUGGGCGGCUGCGAUUACGUCGUCAGUAACCGGCUGGCGGUGGAGAGGAAGGGCCAAGCGGAGCUGCUGAACGGGGCGCAGCGGAGCAAGGUGGCCCAGCGGGUGCAGCAGCUGAAGAGCAAGUUCGACAGGAUCUGCGUGAUCGUGGAGAAGGAGAGAGCCAGAGCAGGAGAGGCCCAGAAAGACUUCCACCGAACCCAGCCCUACGACGGAGUGCUGUCGGCAUUCAUCCGGGCAGGGAUCCGGGUUCUCUUCAGCUCCUGCCAGGAGGAGACGGCCGGGCUGCUGAAGGAGCUGGCUCUGGUGGAGCGGCGCAAGAACGCUGCCAUCCUUGUGCCCACGGAGGUGCAAGGGCCCGGGCAAGAGGCUUUCCAGUUCUACCUGAGCAUGCCCUGCAUCAGCUAUGCAACGGCCCUGGCCUUGUGCCACCGCUUCUGCUCUGUGAAAGAGGUGACAAACAGUUCCCCGAAGGAGCUGGCAGCCCGAGCCCAGGUGAGCCUGCAGAAGGCCGAGGAGAUCUACCACUACCUCCGCCACGGCUUUGACAAGCAGAUGCUGCCCGAGAGGGUCACGUGACGGGCUGUGAGGCUGAGCCGGCGGCCCCACCAAACCGAUGCACUUUACUGCGAUCGUGAACCGAUCUUGUAAGAUGUGUGUAAAUAAAGGUCCUUGGGAAAGAAA